AUGGAAGCUCCUCUGUUGCUCCCUUUUGCCACCAUCGUUGUAAUUCUUCUGCUCUCCUCCGGCACCAUUGCGGCCGUGGGGGAGGCUACAGCCGUGCUGGAAGAGGCGGUUCUGACGCUGGAUGCUGGCAACUUCUCGGAGGUGGUGGCCAAUCACGAGUUCAUCGUCGUAGAGUUCUACGCGCCAUGGUGUGGCCACUGCAAGGAACUCGCUCCAGAGUAUGAGAAGGCAGCUUCUGUGCUGAGGAAACGUGCCCCGCCUGUUGUGCUCGCGAAGGUGGACGCAUACGACGAGAAUAACAAAGAGCUCAAAGACAAGUAUAAGGUGCAUGCGUAUCCGGCCAUCAAGAUCAUCAGGAAUGGGGGGAGUGACGUGAGCGCUUACGGCGGUCCAAGGGAUGCCGACGGCAUCGUGGAGUACCUUAAAAAGCAGGUCGGCCCGGCAUCCCUCGAGCUCAGGUCGUCAGGGGAUGCAGACCGCUCAAUUGAUGACAAGGGGGUAGUCCUUGUUGGAGUAUUUCCUGAGUUUGCUGGUAUGGAGUAUGAGAAUUUCAUGGCUGUGGCAGGCAAUAUGCGGACAGACUAUGAUUUCUUUCACACAUCCGGCGCGAGCAUUCUUCCACGUGGAGAUAAGGCCGUUAAGGGCCCCCUUCUUCGACUAUUUAAGCCGUUCGAUGAACUGUUUGUCGAUUCGCAGGAUUUCGAUAAGGAUGCAAUCAAGAAGUUCAUUGAAGUGUCUGGUUUCCCUACCGUACUGGUCUUCGAUGCCGACCCGACCAAUCAUAAGUAUCUCGAAAGAUACUAUACCACUCCUAGUGCCAAAGCAAUGCUUUUCUUGCACUUCAGCGACGACAGAGUCGAGAGCUUCAAGAGCGAGAUGAAUGAAGCAGCCAGGCAGCUCAGUGGUAAUAACAUUAGCUUUCUAAUUGGUGAUGUUUCAGCCGCUGACCGUGCCUUUCAGUUUUUCGGGCUCAAGGAAAGUGAUCUUCCCCUCCUCCUUGUGGUAGCAUCUACUGGCAAAUAUCUUAAUCCAACCAUGGAGCCUGACCAGCUCAUACCCUGGAUGAAGCAGUACAUAUAUGGAAACUUGACACCUUAUGUUAAGUCAGAGCCAAUCCCUAAGGUGAAUGACCAACCUGUUCAAGUCGUAGUGGCUGACAAUAUUGAUGACGUUGUUUUCAACUCUGGCAAAAAUGUUCUACUCGAGUUCUAUGCACCUUGGUGCGGUCAUUGCCGGAAGUUAGCUCCGGUAUUGGAGGAAGUUGCUGUCUUGUUCCAAGACGAUGAAGAUGUAGUCAUAGCAAAGAUGGAUGGCACUGCAAACGAUAUCCCGUCAGACUUUGAGGUCGAGGGAUAUCCAAGUCUGUACUUCAUUCCUUCUAAUGGGGGAGACCUUUUGUCAUAUGAGGGUGAUAGGACGGCACAGGAGAUCAUCAACUUUGUCAAUAAGAACAGGGAACCCAAACUUGGGGCCUCUGCUGCAGUGGAAGAAGUAACCCAGACCUCUGUUGUAGAAGAGGAGGUAACAUCAUCAUCGUCAUCAUCAGCGUCCGUUAAAGAUGAACUCUAAUCAAGAUGUUUGUAUCGACACUCCCAAGAUCUACACAACUAAGUCUACAGACUACAUAGAAUGAGUGUGCAGGAAGAUUGUUCCGAUCAGCCGUUAUGCAGUUGGAAGGAUACAUAUUUCUAUCAAGUCACUGUAUUUUGAAUUUCUGAUGUUUUAGUUCGAAUUAAAUAAACUCCCUGUAGGUACUUUUGACUUCAUAUCUUAUUGCAUGCAAUGAGGUCCCUUAUUCAUGAACAUGUGCUUUCACACCGAGGAAUUCAACAAAGCAACAACGAUUUUCCCUUUUUU